GAGAGAGAGAGAGAGAGAGAGAGAGAGAGAGAAACAGUCAGAGACAGAGACAGAGAGACAGAGAGAUAGAAACCACUCGGGGGAAGAGUGAUUCUGUUUCUCCCUUUUUGUAAGGUUGCCCCCUCCCCCUGCAUUGCUCGGCCCUUCUAGGCUUGGGGUGGGCGCAGCAGUCUGGGGUUUUCUUUCCUCUCUUCGGAGUUUCGGGAUCAGCUUCACCAGGCUUGUCCAAGAAGGAGGAACUCCGGCCCCUCCCCCGGCCCCAGCCCUCUGCCCGACCCCCCGAGGAGCCCCGAGCCCGUAGGGCCCCUCGGAUUCUUGGCUCCACGCUACCCUGUGAGCCUUUGGGUCCGGCCUCCGCGCUCGGCUGUGGGAUGUUAGCUGUGGGGCCUAUGGAGGGCACCCGGCAGAGCGCGUUCCUGCUGAGCAGCCCGCCCCUGGCUGCCCUGCACAGCAUGGCUGAGAUGAAGACCCCGCUGUACCCGGCCGCCUACCCACCGCUCCCGACGGGGCCCCCGGCUUCCUCUUCUCCUUCCUCCUCGUCGUCUUCGUCGUCCUCCUCGCCCUCCCCACCCUUGGGCGCCCACAACCCGGCCGGCCUCAAACCCCCGACCUCAGGGGGGCUCUCGUCUCUGGGAAGCCCCCCACAGCAGCUCUCGGCUGCCACCCCGCACGGCAUCAACGACAUCCUAAGCCGGCCCUCCAUGCCCCUGACCUCCGGGGCCUCCCUGCCCUCCGCCUCGCCCUCCGGCUCCUCCUCUUCUUCCUCUUCUUCUGCCUCCUCUUCUGCCUCCUCUGCUUCCUCCUCUUCCUCCUCUUCAGCCGCGGCCGCCGCAGCCGCCGCAGCUGCAGCCGCAGCCGCCUCUUCCCCGGCUGGGCUUCUGGCCGGCCUGCCUCGCUUCAGUAGCCUUAGCCCCCCGCCGCCUCCCCCUGGCCUCUACUUCAGCCCCAGUGCCGCCGCAGUGGCGGCGGUUGGCAGGUACCCCAAGCCCCUGGCGGAGCUGCCUGGCCGGACCCCCAUCUUCUGGCCUGGAGUGAUGCAGAGUCCUCCAUGGAGAGAUGCCCGGCUUGCUUGCACCCCUCAUCAAAGUUCAAUUUUGCUGGACAAAGAUGGGAAGAGGAAACAUACAAGACCCACGUUCUCAGGACAGCAGAUUUUCGCUCUGGAAAAGACUUUUGAGCAAACAAAAUACUUGGCGGGACCCGAAAGAGCGAGGCUGGCUUAUUCUCUGGGGAUGACGGAGAGUCAAGUCAAGGUUUGGUUCCAGAACCGGCGGACCAAGUGGAGGAAGAAACACGCGGCCGAGAUGGCCACAGCUAAGAAGAAGCAGGACUCGGAAACCGAGCGGCUGAAGGGGGCCUCGGAGAACGAGGAGGAAGACGACGACUACAACAAACCUCUGGACCCCAACUCCGACGACGAGAAAAUCACCCAGUUGCUGAAGAAACACAAGUCUAGCAGCAGCAGCCUGCUGGUGCACACGUCAGAAAAUGAAAACUCCUCUUAAACCUGCCACUGCGCAGUCCUGAACACCCCACGCCACCUCGCCCCAAGACACCUCAUCCCCCCUCAUUUCAGCCCAGCCCAGCCCAAUCACAUCCUGUCCCGUUUCUAGUGGGGAGAGUGCCAGCCCUCAACGCGCUCCCCGCACACCCAACGCACACACUCACUCAUGAACCAACAAAUGCUCCCAGGACCUCCCACCCACCCACUUCGGCCCGGGUGGAGCUAGCCUGGCCCGCUAGCAAAAGAGCAGAGAGGACGGGACCCGGCCCAGUGUCCUCGCUUUGCCGGCUCUCCGCUUCGGGACACCCCAAGUCCUCACCCUCCCCAACCCUCCCAAGAGCACUGAGGACUCGACCCCGGAUAAGGGAGGACAUUUGCUAUUUUCUGAGAUGUAUAUGUAUAUUUUUCUAAACUCUAUAAGUGACGGGAAGAGACUCGGAGACAUCAAAACACGCAAAGCAAAUAAACAAAUACACCGAACCAAGCCCCCCCAAUCACCCUCUAGACCUUUUUUCUCCCACCCUGCGGCUCCCCGCCCCCGCGCCCUACCCUAGGCUCUUACUACUGUUUGUUCCCGGCAAGCAGGGAGAGAGUGGGAGAAGGAAGUGUUGUUAUUGUAGGGGAGUCGCCUGCAGCGCCUGGGCCCUGCUUCUGGGACCACCGAGUCGCGCCAGCUGCAGGACGGGAUGGGAAGAGGGACCGGUUCUCAGCCACAAACUGCAGUUGGAACUAAAGUAACGUGUUGAAGGCUCUUUGUAAAUAAAUCGUGAGUUAUACCGACUAGAAGUUCAUUUUACUGCGAAUAUUUAAAAUGUAAAGCAUCUUUUUUUUUGUAUAAAAGUAUAGUUCUACCUACCCCCUCUGAAUUUAAGUGUGCCAAUCCCAUGUUACCCUUUAGUUUUGAAAGUGUUGGAAGAUAUAGCAAAGAGAAGCGUCCCUUCUCCCCUCCUUUUUGCUUUCCCCUUUUCCUAUUUGAGUAGUCUCUAAAGUUUCUCCCACCCUCUACCUCU